AGUGCCACAAGAUGGAGAAAGUUCUGGCAAAUCUCGCGAAGGUGAUGUGGCAGUUCGUGGCCGUAACGCUGAAGAUAGUGAGGGCGAAAGUGGGCAAGGCGAUAGUGAAGAUGGUGAUGGCUUUGGUCACCCUCGUGAUGGCUAAGAAGGGACAUAAUGCCGGGCUGGAUGCCGCCCAGCACCACGACCACACCGACGCCCACGCCCACGAGCAACAGCAGCAGCCAUCUCGACGCCCAUCAGGAUCUCCCGAGCCUAUUUCAUCUCUUCCUCCGCCCACGUCUUCACCGCCCUCUGCUGAGCCGCCCCACGCCCACAGGAGAGAACGUCUGAACGACUCUCCGCCCACACAAGAUCUCUAAAGCCGCCCAUCUCUUUGACGCCAGCUUCUUAAGCCGCCCACGACCUUCAUUUUUUGAGUCUCGAGGGCGGUGUGGAAAAAAAAACAUAACCGGAGGAACAUUAUUAUUGUAUAUUUUUUUUACGUUUUCUUUCUUCCUCACUUUAUUAUUGGUUUGUUUUUGGUGUGGCUUUUAGUGCAGAGGAAUUUUCUGAUUUUCUCUUCUUCUUUCUUAUUAUCAUAUACGGAAAAGGGAAAUAGGAGAAGUGAAUUUGGAAGAAAAAAAGAGAUUGCAAAUACAAUAGAAUACAAUAGAAUACAGUAGUUACUACAUAUUGCGAAUACAGAUAUGUGUAGAUCCGAUAUUACGUAAAAUUUAUGAUUACUUUGAAUGAAAAAAACAAAAAGAAAACAUUCAAAAUAAAUAAAGUGUCGUUAUGAUGUGACUGUAGUUAAUAUAUACAUAUAAUGUGAAAUUUGAUAACUAGAUUUUUUUGAUAGAUAGAAACAAAAAUUGAAGAGUGACUGUGGACAAAAAUAUAUCUAUAUAAAUAUUAUGUGAAACGAAAAAGGAAGUCAUGAUAAAGAUAAUAAUAAUAGCAUCAAAGAAGUUCAGACAUAGAUAGAAAACCGGAAGCAAAGCAAAACAAAACAAAGACAAAAUCAAGUGUGUGCAAAUAAGUGAAAAAAAUGCCAAAAAGACAAUAAAACAAAAGAAUAAGCACAUUACAAUAAUAAAUAAGAACAAGUAAGACGAAACAAAAAUAUAUUCACUUUGUUAUAAUAAGAACAAAUGCUUG